CUCUGGCGGGGUCCUCGGCGUGUGUGGCGCGGUGUGCAGUUUAAGCUUGAGGAGAGAAAUUAUAAUAAAAUAAAGAUUAUUAAUAUUUUACCUGCUAUAAUGCGCUCAUGCUGAGAUGCUGUCCUUCAAUCAGGACUGUUGGUUCGUGCGGAAGGUGGUCCGGUGGAGAGCUUUAGCCAGUAUUGCGUGGUCAGUGCUGCUCCUGCCGGCCACGACAACGCUAUUUGUUUUCCUCGUUAGGUUCAGUUUGUUCCAUCCUGUGGAGUGGAUUUCAGAAUGUUUUGGGCUUUUGACGGCUGCGAGCACCAUCUUCUCGCUUAUCCUGCUGUGUGGUGUCGUGCUCGUGAUUGGGUUUUUCAACCUGGAGGGUUACACAGUGGUUCCCUCCAUCCCGUGCUCCCGAGUGGCUCUCCUGGCUAAGGUGCUCCACCCGCGGCAGUGUGUUCACUCUCUGGUGCACUGCACUGUGGGUAUGAUGGUGAUGUGGUGUGCGUCGGUGAUGGCGGGAGGCCGUUAUCAGGCUCUGGGUUCUCCCUGCACGCGAGGCGAGAGUGCCGAUGCUCCUGAGGUUUGUCUGAAUGAGUAUCAUCUCUUCCUGCUGCUGGCCGGAGCGUUCAUCGGAUACAGCCACAGUUUCCUGGGAGUGGUUCAGAAUAUGAAUUAUGUCUCCUUUCAGAUCAUACAGCAGUAUAAGUACCUGCGCUGUAAGGGCUCUCUGCCGUGGGUGCUGAAGUGCAGUGCGGUUCAGUCUCUCUACGCUGUGAGGAAUUACGUCGCUCUCUAUUUCUUUUUUGGACAUAUUCCCAGAGCCUGGAUCUCCAACUCACUGAAUCUGCCCAUCGACAGUUCUGUUCACUCUCUGGACUCGUUGACGGGUUUGCUGGACUUCUCUCUGCUGUAUCAUCUGUGGAUCAGUGGAGCAUUCCUGCUGCUCACCUGGUACAUCACCGUGCUGCUCUUCAGGAUCUACGUUACUGAGGCACACCGAUUCCCAGUUCAGUCCACGUUUGCGGAGGAUGCCGAGCAGUGUCUUCCUAAAGUCCUGAGUGAGAAGAGGACUCUUAUUAUGAAGUUUCUGGCGCUGCAGGAUCUGGCCUUGCUGUCCCAGCACUCACCGCCCCGCAGACAGGAGGUGUUCAGCCUGAGCCAACCAGGUGGGCACCCUCACAACUGGAAUGCCAUCAGUAAGGAGUGCCUGGCUCUGCUGAGUGAUUUAACACAGCGCCUCGUAGCUCAUCACGAUGCCGUCGCCUCCAACGGCAGAGCAAGACCUCCAUCAGCCACCAGCGACACCAGAACCACCUCCAACAGCUCAGUUUCCUCUGCAGUGGUCUCGGGUACAGAGGACCUGCCUCAGACCCCCCGCCCCAGUGUUUUACUAAAGACCCCCGGCUCAGUCUUCCUGAAGUCGUCCGGCAGGGGUAUAAGCAGCCCUCUGACUGCCCCCUUCACCCCAGACCUGGACAGCCCCUUCUCCACCCCCUCCCUGCGCCACCUGGCCGCCCAGCAGGUUCCCCAGCAGGGCCAGUGGUUGGGCUCGGUUCAGAGCCCACACAUCAUUAGGAGGGGUCCUAAACUCUGGAGCACAUCCACAGACUCGCAGGCCAAUGGCAGUGCUCUGGCCUCACCUGUCCCCACCCCCAGCUCUCCGCCUCCUGAACAGAAAUCCAGCUUCAUGGCCCAGUGGCUCCAGAACAGGAAGGAACAGGUUAAGGGGUUCAUGGCGAAGAGGGUGCUGGUAGUGUAUUUAUUUAAUAAGCUGCCAGAAGCCUCGAGCCAAGCCCUGUUUGCAGACAGCCAAGCUCACAUCUGGGCUCUGGAAGGUCUCUCUCAUCUGGUGGCUGCUUCUUUCUCUGAGGAUAAGUACGGAGUGGUACAGACUACAUUACCCAGCAUCCUCGGCUGCAUGCUGUCUCUGCAAGAGGCUGUGGACAGACACUUUAAGUUGCCUCAUGCUUCCAGUAAGCCGGUGAAGACCAGCUGCAGUAUGGGAGACUCCACCUACAAAACCCUGCGCUUUGCUCUGAGGGCCGCCCUGAAGACCUCCAUCUACAGGAUCACGUCUACGUUUGGAGAGCACUUAAAUGCGGUGUGUAUCUCAGCAGAGCAUCAGAAGAGACUGCAGCAGUUCAUGGAGUACAGAGAGUAACAUGCACCUCCAAAGGACCAGCGGACCUUCAGAGCUCCUCCCAUCUUUUCUAUUAUUAUUAUUAUUAUACACAUGCACUUUGUGAGUGUGAGUGUGUGUGUGCCUGAGACCCUGGGAGAGGUCCAAAGAAACUGAGUGUUUGAUAUCACAAUAAUCAAGCUUUCGACACUUGAUGGAUCACUCAAAGCCUUAUAUGAUCAGAUCUGGUGCUUGUGUGUUAAAUUUCUGUCAAUCUGAUAAUCUGAUUUAGCUGUUCAUUUCAUCACUCAGACAGAUUGGUUCAGUUUCAGCCUCCUGUUUUUCUUUUCACUCUGAGCGUUAAAUCUCUGUAAAGGCUGCAGUGGUGGAGAUGUGUUGUUAAAGCUCUUUUAUACAGUAUUUACAGGAGGAUGUGUAAAAUCAUGGUGUGGAUCUGGAUAAGGUUCUAGGUAAGGAUGCGCUGUCUUUGUUAAUCAGGACAGAGUGAACAGGAUCAGCUGCAGUGUGGAGUUUUAUGUCUUCUAACUGUAAGUUAAACAUGGAUGUCUGCGUUGUCUCUUGGUACAGGGUCUUUGUUUAUUUUCGUGUUGUGGUUGUACCGCAGGAAUCUGAUUAGAAUGAAUGAUAAAGUGUCAUGUUGCGAAGUUUGAAUGUUUACUUAUUUUGGCUUAAAGAAAAUAAAAAUUUCUACGUGUCAUACA